AUGGACAGUCAGAUCUCCGUAAGAUCUGUUAAAGAAGAGCACCUCCCAAACCAGAACGGCCAGAGUUCCAGCAGAUCUGUUGAAGAGGAGCGCCUCCCAAACCAAGACAACCAGAGCUCCAUCAGACCUGAGCACCUCCCAAUCCAGGAUAGCUCCAGUUCAACGGCUAAUAAUGGUCUUCAUUAUCUGAAAGAUCAAGAUGAACCCCAAGUGUGUGAUGUAGAUACGUAUUCACCUACAGAUGGUGCUGGCGGGACACCCAAGUCUUUGGAAGUUCCAACGGGCCUUAGCAUUGGCUAUGACUGUCCUGACCGUCAACAAGCGAACCCAUCCUUUGCCUGUCUGCUUUGCAGUAAGACAUUUAGCAAGAAGUCCAAAUUCUCCAAACACGUCAAGUACCACAGCGUCAAGAGGCCUCACUCUUGCCCUGAAUGUGACAAGAGCUUCAUCCGGUCUUCUGACCGCAAGAUUCAUACAGGGGAGAAGCCCCACACCUGCUCGGAGUGUGGGAAGGGCUUUAUUCGGAGGUCUGACCUGGUUCAGCACCAAAGGGUCCACACUGGUGGCAAGUGCUUCAGUAGCAAAACACACCUGGUGGUCCACCGUCGGAUUCACACCGGCGACAGGCCCUACCCAUGCCCGGAGUGCAGCAAGUGUUUCAUCCGGAAGGCUGUCUUGGUCCUGCACCAGAGGAGCCACGCUGGGGAGAAGCCAUAUGCUUGCACCGACUGCGGGCGCCAUUUUGCCUACAAGACCUACCUGAGCAGCCAUCGCAAGAUCCAUCUUGGCAUGAAGCCCUUUCCUUGCCCUGACUGUGGCAAAUGCUUCAUAAGCAACUCUGAAUUGGUGAAGCACCGGAGGACUCACACAGGGGAACGACCCCAUUUUUGCACAGAGUGCGGAAAAUGCUUUACUAAGAAGUCCCACCUUAACCGCCACCUGAGGAUCCACUCUGGUGACAAGCCUUACUCCUGCAAUGAGUGUGGGAAGAGCUUUGUCCGGAAUAUGGAUCUAGUGAAACACCAGAGGAGUCACACGGGUGAGAAGCCUUAUUCUUGCACAGAUUGUGGGCGCAGCUUUGCCGAGAAGUCUUACCUUCAUAUACACCAGAGAACUCAUACUGGUGAACGGCCUUACCUUUGCCCGUUGUGUGGCAAAUGUUUCAUCAGCAACUCUGACCUAGCUAAGCAUGUGCGGAUUCAUACAGGUGAGCGGCCUCAUGCCUGCACUCAGUGUGGAAAACGCUUUAUAAAAAAGUCCCACCUCACACGACACCAGAAGGUCCACGGGGGGGAGAAACCUUACCCCUGUCCCACAUGCGGGAAAUGUUUUACAUGCAAGUCGGAGGUCUACAAGCACCAGGUGACCCACACCCGGGAGAAGUCCUACUCCUGCACCGACUGCGGGAAGCGCUUUAUGAGGCAGUCGAGUCUGAUCAACCACCGGAUCACGCACACCGAUGACAAGCCUUUUUCCUGUUCCGAGUGUGGGAAGUGCUUCAAGUGGCAGUACAAUCUCUCGUUACACCAGAGAAUUCACACUGGAGAAAAACCUUACGUAUGUUCUGAGUGCGGAAAGUGCUUCUCAUGCCGGUCAAACCUCAUCUAUCACCAUCGAACUCACACAGGGGAGAAGCCUUUUAUCUGUCCUAAAUGUGGGCAGUGCUUUGCGUUCCGAACGCAGCUCACCAGACACGGAAGAAGGCAUCAGUGA